ACCGCGCGCAUCACACCACGAGCGAAUCGGAGCUUCGUCCACAGCAGGUUUGUAUUUUAUUUAAUUGUCCGACCUUUUCUCUCAUUUUCUCAUCGUGUGUGAUGCAGGCUAGAUUAUGGGAUUAUUUAAACAUUGCAGAGAGGUUUCCUAAUUCGAUGCCAGUGAGAAAAACUACAGAAAUAUUUGGAGAUGAAGAAGAUGAGUCAGCCCUAAACACUGAAAUACUUUCAUCCGCGCAGAAGUGGCGCAUCUUGUAGAUAGUGAGAUUAAAUCCAUUUGCAGGUGAGAUGCCAUAAUCUGUGUGAGAAAGUGAGGUAUCAUGGACUCCUGGAUCUUCCCAUUGUCCCCUCUGAACCUGUCGGAGCACCUCAUGUAUGACAGCUUAAUACAAAGUAAUGAGUCCAACCUCCAAGGGAACUACACAGACCACAGCUUCAACAAAACCAGCACGGUGGUCAUCACCUGUUUGUACUUUCUGGUUUGCACUGUGGGGCUCUGCGGAAACUCCCUCGUCAUCUACGUUAUCCUGCGCUACGCCAAGAUGAAGACAGUUACUAACAUCUACAUCCUGAACCUGGCAGUGGCCGACGUGCUCUUCAUGCUGGGCCUGCCUUUCAUCGCCAUCCAGCUGGCGCUGGUCCACUGGCCAUUUGGUCCUGUGCUCUGCAGGGUGGUGAUGACCGUUGAUUCCCUGAACCAGUUCACAUCUAUCUUCUGCCUGAUGGUCAUGAGCAUCGACCGCUACCUGGCUGUGGUGCAUCCCAUCAAAUCCACAAAGUGGCGCAAGCCGCGCAUGGCAAAGACUAUUAACUUAGCAGUGUGGGGGGUGUCCCUGAUGGUUAAUCUGCCCAUUGUUAUCUACAGCGGAGUCAUCACAAAGCACGACGGCUGCUUCUGCACCAUCGUGUGGCCCGAGCCACAAGAGGCCUACUACACAGUGUUCAUGUUCUACACCUUCAUCCUGGGCUUCUUCCUGCCCCUUUUGGUCAUCUGCCUUUGCUACUUGUUCAUCAUCUUUAAGGUGAAGUCCUCAGGCAUCCGUGUAGGCUCCUCCAAGAGAAAGCGCUCAGAAAGAAGGGUGACUCGGAUGGUGUCCAUCGUGGUGGCAGUGUUUGUCUUCUGCUGGCUGCCUUUUUACGUCUUCAACGUGACCUCGGUGACAGGAACCAUCAGCACUACUCCCAUCCUGAGGAGCACCUUUGCUUUUGUGGUGGUUUUGGGAUACGCCAACAGCUGUGCCAAUCCCAUCCUCUACGCCUUCUUGUCGGAGAACUUCAAGAAGAGUUUCCAGAAUGUUCUGUGUCUUAAGAAGGUGGGUGGGCUGGAUGAGGCUGAUUGCAGCGACAGCCGGAAGGAUAAGUCUUGCAUGAUAAAUGACCCCACAGAGACCCAAAGUACUCUGCUGAAUGGGGACCUGCAGACCAGCAUCUGAGAGGAAGGUGAUAUGACUCGCAUAAACACACUCACACAGACUCAUACAUAUCUGAAACUAGAGAUGGGGACUCAAGCUUGAGACUCUGCCUUGAGUCGGACUUAUUUCGCACACACACUGACUUCAUACUUGACUUGAGACUCGUCUUCAAAUGACUUCAGACUCGGCUAGGACCUGAGAUGCAGGACUCGUGAACAUUCAUUAUUUUAAGGAAACUUCGGAUGAGCUGAAUGUUAUUCCCUCCCCUGCGUAAACCUACUUGCGUAAUACGUAACAUAUCUACUGCGCACCGCCAAACAUGAAAGGACAACAACAACCAUGGCGACCACACCGGCAGCUGCUAUCCCAUUCAUCAGAAGCUUUGGUUUAAAUCUUCAGACAACAAGGCCCAAACAAAAGAAUCACUGAAUGCUAAAUAUGUGCAAUCAAGAUAAAUCAUUCUGACUCAACCACAUCUCAUUCAUUUUAGCAAUAUUGUCCUGAAAACCUGAGUACCUCAACAUUUGGUCUGUAUUGUACUGUAU